GCAUCCCCAGCCCUUUGCUUUUUAAAAAAUUUAUUGGAGACAGGGUCUUGCUACAUUAGCUGCGUGGGACUCCUCCCUUCGAUCCUUCUGCCUCUGCUUGCCAGAGUGCUGGGACGACAGGACUGUGUCACCGCGUCAGGCUACAGUGUGACUUCCAUGGGCCUGAGUACUUUGGCUACAUGAGGACCCUGCCUCCGAACAACCAAUAAUUAAACUGUCGUUAUAAAGUCAGACAUUCAGGCUGGAUUAAAAAUGCAAACAUUUUCUUUCAUUUUACUUCUCGAACUAAGCUGAAAGCUUUCAUGUCCAUCAGUGGUGGGAGCCCUGGCACUGAGCCCCCGGCUCCGCUGCCGGUUUUAAGCUCUGCCUUCUUCCCGGUGUUCCUCGGGCAGGGGAUGGAAAGAUAUUGCUUAGAGCUUGCGACAUCAUCUUCAGAUCAGACCCUCCCCCCCCAAAGGUCAGCUUCUUGCUGCUUCUGGUUGUCCUGGUUACUCUCCAGGGUCCUGGAGAGCAGCCCCUAACAGCUCCCCGCCUGCCAGUUCUCUUACCUCCCACUAGGCCUGCUGCCUUUCUCCUAGGAGGGAGGGUGAGUAGGGAACAGGAAGCUAGCUGGGGAGGAGACAAAACCUGUUCUGCAGCCUUGCAUCACAGGGACUUUUUCCACAAGGGCUGCCUCAAUCCCUGAUUGGCGUCACUGUUUGGAGAGCGUGAUAGUGCCACCCUAGUCGCUGGGUGUUAGCAAGUGCAGAGCCACACACCAGCAGGAGACAGGGCACCAGGCAGGAGACUCACAAGCAGAGUUGGGCAAGGUGUGGGGUACCUGUGGCAUUCCAGAGAAGGAUACAGCAUCCUCCCUGUCUCCAAGGGGUGAGUAGGAUAGUUGAGAGGAGGAGGAUCGUGGGAUUAAGAAAGAACCAGAGAAGGCCUCAGCAUGGAGAGUGGGACGGGCCUGGGCUCCACUCCCUCCACACUGCCAUACUACGUGGCCUUCUCCCAGCUGGUGGGCCUGACUGUGGUGGCUGUGACCGGUGCGUGGCUGGGUCUGUACCGAGGUGGCAUUGCCUGGGAGAGUGCCCUGCAGUUUAACGUGCACCCGCUAUGCAUGGUCAUAGGUCUGAUCUUCCUGCAGGGAGAUGCGCUGCUGGUUUACCGCGUCUUCAGGAAAGAGGCCAGACGCACAACCAAAGUCCUGCAUGGGCUGCUGCAUGCCUUUGCGUUCAUCAUCUCCCUGGUCGGUGUGGUGGCUGUGUUCGAUUACCACAGGAAGAUGGGCUACGCCGACCUGUACAGCCUGCACAGCUGGUGCGGGAUCCUCGUCUUUGUCCUGUACUUCGUGCAGUGGCUGGUGGGGUUCAGCUUCUUCCUAUUCCCUGGAGCUUCAUUUUCUCUGCGGAGCCGCUACCGCCCUCAGCAUAUUUUCUUCGGUGCGGCCCUUUUUCUCCUCUCUGUGGGCACCGCUCUGCUGGGCCUGAAGGAGGCGCUGCUGUUUAAACUUGGGACCAAGUACAGCACGUUUGAGCCGGAGGGGAUCUUGGCCAACGUGCUGGGCCUGCUGCUUGUCUGCUUCGGGGGCGCCGUCCUCUACAUCUUGGUGCGGGCUGACUGGAAGCGGCCUCCCCAGGCUGAAGAGCAGGCUCUCUCCCUGGACUUCAAGACGCUGACGGAAGGGGACAGUCCCAGCUCCCAGUGAUGGCCUGUCCUUGUCCCGUGUGGGGCCAGGGGCUGGUGCCUGGGCUCUGUGGGUUCCCACAGUGUCUCUCACUCUCCCCUGCUGAGGAGGACCCAGGUGGCGGGGGGGG